AUGUCCUGUCUGCAACCCCCUAGCGGUAGAAGUGACCACAGCAGCAUCUCCUCCCGCCCUAAACUCACCCUCCAAACAACCUCGCUACCUCUCACCUUUGGCCGAUCCACAACUGGCCUGUCGCGCUCCUUCGCUGCAACCGCGACCGCAUCGCCGACCGUCCGAAAUACCUUCAAAAAUGCUUACGAUGCCACAUCCCCAACUUCCACCACCACUUCACCUACCAAGAUCUCUUCCACCUCCACCUCCGGCCUGCGAUUAAACACCACUGCCGUCCCCAUCCCCAUCGCCAAACCCAUUUCCCCCUACAUUCAUCACACAAAUCCCAACAACUCCCCAUACAGCUAUCGCAGCCCUUACAGCCUCCCACUCGGCGUGCGCAGCAUUCUCCGCAACUCCCCGCUCGAGGGAGCCUCACGACGGCGCUCAGGCUCCGUUUCCGCAGGCGCGGGUGGACCUGGCGGCGCAGGCGUACGCCGGGUCUUCUUCCCCGCCAAGAAGCAAGUCAGCUUCCGACACAUCCUCGAAGAAGAGAUUCGCACGGAGCGAUAUACGGCGCAGCACCUGGAUCUCGUCCGGGAAGAGGCAGUGCACGAGGCAGACAGUGGGGCCAGCAAUACGAACACCAAAACCCACACCCACACCCACUCUCACAUCCACACCGCCAUAAGCGUCAUCAAGAAAGAUGACGAAGCUGGAAUUCAAUUAGGAUCGGCGUCGGGAUCUACAUCGGGUUCGGGGUCCGGGUCAGGGUCUUGGUCAGACUCGGAUUCAAGCAGUUUAUCAGUAUCAGAGUCAAGUACGGACGAAGGAAGCACAGACAAAAUCGGCGCCCGAACAUCUCUUUCCAAGGAAGAGCGCAAGAAACGCCGCACGCUGCGCGUUGAGCGACAGGUUCGCGCUGUGGCGCUGCUGGAUGGUCUCGAGGCUAAUCCGUACUCUUCGACGCCGCAGACGCCGCGACAGAGUCGGGUUAAACGGCGCCGUGAGUGGAAGUGGACUCUCGGUCCUGAUCGAGGGUAG